AGGACCGGUUUGCGACUUGAGCCACACAAAGAUAAGAACAGAAAGUGGAGGAGAAUAAACUCAAAACAAUCGCAUUUUUAUCUCUUGUCCCUUGACGACUGGUGGCAGGCAAACAGGACCGAUACUGCUGCUGGCUGAGCAGCUACGUGGAAGUGAAAAGAAACGUGAAGGCAGAGGUUCAAAAUGAUCAGGAUUAUUUCCCGACAGUACCACAGCACCCGAGGAGUGUUUGGAUUUAAACCGAAACCGCAACCGGAGUUUAAAUUGGACAAACACAUUGCUGAAGCAAGAGCCAGGAACAGUAACGUCUAUCGUUGGGUUGAAGCAUAUCGUAACUAUGCUCAUCGAAAAGCAGCGAUAAACCCGGUACUUUUCAGUCAACCUAUUGAGACUCCAACGGUACUGGAUUAUGCUCGCUAUGGAUUGUCCGGUAACGAAACAGUUCAACCUACGGGAAUAAUUCAAACGAAUAACUCGUCAGCCGUCACCACUGAACAAUUGCAAGAGCUGCUGGAACAAAUUUACUGUGGAACCACUAGUAUAGAACUAGCGUACAUCGAAAACGAACACGAACGGGAAUGGCUGAUUGAGGAAUACGAGAAACUAUUCCAUACCGAGUUGAAAACCGACGACCGCAAAGAAAUUGCCGAGCUCCUGCUGAAAUCGCAAGCCUUCGACAAUUUUCUGGCCGUCAAGUUUCCUACCGUUAAACGAUACGGUGGCGAAGGAGCGGAAAGCAUAAUGGCCUUCUACCGACAACUGUUCCUCUGUGCAGCCGAUGCCGACAUACGGAACAUCGUCGUUGGAAUGCCACACCGAGGCAAGCUUAAUGUUCUAACCACAAUGUUUCAGACGAGGCCAGCGAAAAUCUUCCGCAAAUUCAAGGGCCUUCCCGAAUUUCCCGCCGAUGCGAAAGCCAUGUGCGAUAUUGCAAGCCACUUUCAUACCUCACAGGAUCUGGUAGUUCGCAACAAAACUAUUCACCUGAACAUGCUCCACAAUCCAUCCCAUUUGGAGGCGGUCAAUCCAGUUUGUAUGGGUAAAACACGUGCGAAACAACUUUCGCAGCUGGAUGGACCUUACAGUGGCAGUGACGAGCCGGAAAACUCUAAGAUAUUGAACGUUCAACUGCACGGUGAUGCCGCCUUCGCCGGUCAAGGAAUCAAUCAGGAAUGCCUGAUGAUGGCCUCCGUGCCGCACUUCGACGUCGGUGGAUCGAUUCAUAUGAUCGUGAACAAUCAAGUCGGUUUUACAACGCCGGGAGACCGCGGGCGUGGAACGCCCUAUUCAUCCGAUCUAGCCAAAAGCAUCAUGGCACCGGUAAUUCACGUCAACGGAGAUGAUCCGGAAGCGCUGUCCAAAGCUACACAGCUGGCGUUCAACUACCAGCAAACGUUCGGAAAAGAUAUCUUCAUAGAUUUGAACUGCUUCCGACGGUGGGGUCACAACGAGCUGGAUGAUCCAACCUUCACAAAUCCUCUCCUAUACAAAAUAAUUCACAACCGAAAGUCCGUUCCCGAUCUGUACGCUGCUAAACUGCUGGAAACCGGAGAACUGGCGCAAACCGAUAUUGACGGCAUAGUAAAAAGCCAUCUGAACUUCCUCAAUUCGGAACUACAAAAUUUGAACGAAUAUCAACCGGAGCGAAGCUACUUCGAGCAACAGUGGAGCGAAAUGAAGCAACCGGGAACUGAAAUCACCACCUGGGACACGGGAGUAGACUAUGGUCUGCUACAUCUGAUCGCACAAACAAGCGUCCAGCACCCGGCAGAUUUCGCCCUGCAUCCACAUCUGAAGAAGCACCACGUCGAAGCACGACUGAAGAAGGCCGCCGAAGGGACGCGACUGGAUUGGGCUACGGCAGAAACGAUGGCCAUCGGGAGCUUGAUGUAUCAGGGAUUCAAUGUUCGUAUCAGUGGCGAGGACGUCGGUCGAGGUACGUUUUCCCAACGGCAUGCGAUGUUCGUCGAUCAGAACACCAACGAAAUUUACAUCCCGCUGAACGCUUUGGAGGGAGGAUCCGGCGGAAAACUGGAGAUCGCCAACAGUAUACUUUCCGAGGAGGCGGUACUUGGAUUCGAGUAUGGCAUGGCAAUCGAUAACCCGAACAAUUUGGUAAUCUGGGAAGCUCAAUUCGGAGAUUUCUUCAACGGAGCUCAAAUCAUGAUCGACACGCUCUUGGUGAGCGGAGAAACAAAGUGGAUGGUUUGCAACGGAUUAGUCCUACUACUCCCUCAUGGCUUCGAUGGAGCAGCAUCGGAACACAGUUCCUGCCGGAUGGAACGAUUCCUUCAGUUGACCGACUCCAGGGAAUCCACUCCGGAUGGGGAAGAUGUAAACUUCCAAAUAAUCUACCCAUCCACACCGGCACAGUAUUUCCACGCAUUGCGUCGUCAAAUGAUUCGUAACUUCCGGAAACCGUUGGUUGUGAUAGCCCCGAAAACCCUACUCCGCCUAUCCGAGUGUGUUUCAACGCAUUCGGAAAUAGCCCCGGGGACGCACUUCCAAUCGGUGAUCGGAGAUCACGUGGUAACCGACCCGAAAAAGGUAAAACGAGUGAUCCUCUGCACCGGCAAGCAUUACUAUAAUUUGAACAGUGAACGAUUGGCGACGAAGAACAACGAAGUUGCGAUCGUACGGGUGGAAUCGCUUUGUCCGUUCCCGGUUCAAAGUAUUCGUGAUGAGCUGGAGAAGUACGCCAAUGCACGUGACUUUAUCUGGAGUCAGGAAGAGCACCGCAAUAUGGGCGCCUGGAGUUUCGUUCAUCCCCGGUUCGAAAAUAUGUGCGGGAAGAAGAUUGCCUACCGUGGACGUUACGAAGGAGCCACCGUUGCUGUCGGUGUUAGUACGUGGCACGCAAAAGAAGCCGAGGAAGUUAUCAAAUCUGCCUUCGUCUGAAUACCGCCUAGCUACCUUUGGAAUGACUGUGAGAUAUUCUUAACGAAAAAAGAAUCAUGAUCUCAAGAUGCAAAGUUCUUUGAAUCGUUGAAUCAAAUUCUUCAGGUAAUGAGAUUUUUAAGCUAUCAAGAUUUGAAUAA